UUGUGUCUGGAAGUGCAAGGGGAGAUUAUCAUGCCUGCCAACUUGACGGUGACCUCCUCUUUGCAGUCGCCUACCAUAUUCAUGCCUGCCAACUUGACGGUGAUGUGGUAGAGGUACGUGCAGAACGACCUCAUGCCUGCCAACCUGACGGUGAACGUUCUGCACGUAAAGGUAGGCCACCGUGUCCCGCGCCUGCCAACUUGACGGCGGAGCGGUGGUAA